AUGUCCACCCCCUCUGUGCGGGUGCUGUACUUCGCCUCGGCACGAACGACCAUCGGUCUGUCCCAGGAGACCCUCGCCCUUCCUACCUCGCCCUUCCCGCUCAGCUCGCUCGUCGAACUCAUCGCAAACAAGCACGAAGGCGUCGAGCAGGUGCUCAAAACGUGCCGCUGGUCCGUGGACAACACGCUCAUCGAGCUCGACGAGAUCGGCGAGUGGUCGUUGAAGGGUGGAGAGGAGGUUGCGGUGAUUCCGCCUGUUAGCGGUGGGUGA